UCGCAAAAUGUUCCCCCCUCGAUUUCAUUAUUCCAGUUGACUCGACGACUGUGAUUAAAGGAUUAUGGUAAAUUAACUAUCCUCCUCCCUUUCUCGCGGGGCAACAAAAGCCACCCCUCACUGGUGGGUCGAACUAAAUACAGCACGAGCGAAUCCUCUCGAGAGUAUCGCAUCGAAGAACGGUUCUUCUCCGCAUGAAGUCACAGUACUUCCAGCGGUUCAAAUGCCGCAAUCGCGUCUCCGAUGUUGAUGUUUGCGUACCUAAGCACAUACUGUCUUGACGGGAACCGUCCACCACGAAAUCUGUAUCUGAUCCCAACCAAGAAGCAAAUAUGGCAGUAACCAAAACAUUCGCAUACAAGAAUAUCCAGGGAAAGCCUCUGGAACUAGACGUGAUCGUGGCCGAUGAGAAGCCUUCUCAGCCGCAACCUGCGAUCUUGUUCUAUCACGGUGGUUAUUUGAUCACCGGAGACCGUCACCAUGCUCCGCGAUGGCUCAUUCAAGCAGCUAUAAAACGCCGCUGGGCAUUCAUCUCCGCAGAUUAUCGCACACUCCCCGAAUCAACCGGAUUCGAACUCGCAGAGGAUCUAUUCGAUGCCUACAACUUCGUCACCAAGAAACUCAACACCGAAAUCCCCAAUCUGGUUGAUCCGACACGGCUCAUCGUUGCAGGAUCGAGCGGAGGCGGGUACUGUUCGAUCCUAGGCGCGGUGCGGUUCAAGGAUCCCGCCCCAGUAGCGGUGUUGCCCAUAUACCCGAUGGGUGACCCGACGUCGGAGAAGUGGACGAUCGGCAAACAUUGGACGAAGCACCUGUCUGCUUCUGCAACUGAGGAGACGAUCAAGGAGAUGAAUCAACGAAUUGCUGAUAAAGAGAUUAGUUUCGGCCAGAGGUUCCCCGCGGAUCCCAAGGGACCCAAUUUCGAGAACCACAACCGCUGGCGAUACGUUCGCGCUAUCCUCGAGUCGGGGCUCUAUGCGGACUAUCUGACGGGUGUAAAAGGUCUGGGAGCUGCUAUCGCAGAGAAGGGAAAGGAUGCUAUCCCCGAAAACGCCCGGGAGUUAUUCCCGAAGGACUUCUCGAUCACCAAGGAUCUGCCGCCAUUGAUCGUGGUCCAUGGCUUGGAGGACCGACAAGUGCCGCAUGAGGACGGCGAAGCAAUCGUGCAGAAGUCUCGCGAGGCUGGUGUAAAUGUCACUUAUUUCCCUGUCGAGGGUGCGGAUCACGAUUUUGAUCUCAAGUACGAUUCUAUUGAGGAUGAUAAAGACACCCAGGAUCCAGGCAAGAAGGCCCUUCUGGGAUGCUUGGAAGCACUGGACAAGCUGGUGCCUUCGAGUGCGUGAGCUAGACCCUCAGCGAUAUUGCCUCGAACUAUAUGUAUAUAGGAUGCCGCUAUGUUAUGAAACCUGAUCUGGCUAUUGUGACUACAUUGGCUGAGUGUAGAAACGGGCUAUAUGAUGAAGAUAAUAUUUAUUAUGGACGGGUCAUCGAUAAGUUCUAGAUAAAUAAAGCAGAAACGACAUAGAAAUGAUGAC